AAGUAAAAGCCAGUUUCGACUUCUUGGGUCGACCCUUCACUUCACGUGAAGACAUUCUUUAUCUUCUAUAUAUAUAACGGGCAGAGGUUGCGCACAGAACGCAGAAGAAAUACCAGAGUACAGCCUUUCUCUUCCCAACUCUGUUUCCAUAGACUUUAGAGUACUGACAGACCGUCGGAGAUGGCUAUGAAGCGUGCUGCUACUUCUGCGAUUAAAUCUGUUGCUUCCUCCGGGAAUCCGUUGUCCUCGACUCUCACUAGGGACCUGCAUGCCUCUCCUGGAAGCAAGAAAAUUGUGGGGGUUUUUUACAAGGCCAAUGAGUAUGCUUCUUUGAAUCCCAACUUUGUGGGUUGCGUAGAGGGAGCUUUGGGGAUACGCGAGUGGCUCGAAUCACAAGGUCACCAAUACAUUGUCACCGAUGACAAAGAAGGACCGGACUGUGAACUUGAGAAACACAUUCCUGAUCUCCACGUCCUCAUUAGUACCCCCUUCCACCCGGCCUACGUUACGGCAGAAAGGAUAAAAAAGGCCAAGAAUUUGCAGCUGCUUCUCACAGCUGGAAUUGGCUCUGAUCAUAUUGAUUUGAAUGCUGCUGCUGCUGCUGGAUUAACUGUUGCAGAGGUCACAGGAAGCAAUGUUGUCUCAGUUGCAGAAGAUGAGCUUAUGAGGAUACUCAUUCUUGUCCGGAACUUUUUACCUGGGUACCAUCAGGCUAGUAGUGGGGAUUGGAAUGUUGCAGCUAUUGCGCACAGGGCUUAUGAUCUUGAGGGAAAGACAGUUGGAACUGUUGGUGCUGGAAGAAUUGGCAGGCUUUUGCUUCAACGUCUGAAACCUUUUAACUGCAAUCUCCUUUAUCAUGAUCGUGUGAAGAUGGACCCUGAAUUAGAGAAGCAGACUGGGGCAAAGUUUGAGGAGGAUCUGGAUGCAAUGCUUCCCAAAUGUGACAUUGUUGUCAUCAACACUCCUCUAACUGACAAGACAAGAGGGUUGUUUGACAAAGAAAGGAUCGCAAAGUGUAAGAAGGGAGUCCUGAUUGUUAACAAUGCUAGAGGAGCAAUCAUGGAUGCACAAGCAGUUGCUGAUGCUUGCUCUAGCGGACAUAUUGCAGGUUAUGGUGGUGAUGUUUGGUACCCACAACCAGCUCCCAAGGACCAUCCAUGGCGUUACAUGCCAAACCAGGCCAUGACCCCUCAUAUUUCUGGCACCACCAUUGAUGCACAGCUUCGAUAUGCUGCUGGAGUCAAGGAUAUGCUUGAUAGGUACUUCAAAGGUGAAGAAUUUCCUCCUCAACACUAUAUUGUGAAGGAGGGCAAACUAGCAAGCCAGUACCAGUAAAAAUCAUGCUUCUUGUGUGCACAGCCUACUAGUCUGAGUUUGUUGUCUGCUGAACAUGCAAAGUCCUGUAAUAAUCUGUUCUCUUUGGGAUUUAAAAAUCGUGCUUCUUGUCUUCCGGGUACCAUUUUGGCUGCAGCUUUGCCAUUAAUGUAACCAUAUGAAGAGUGUAAUUUCUUUGGGAUUUGAGAAUUAUCUACCCACCCAUAAGGUUUAGAA